UCUGCAGGGUGAUACACACACCAACAGUAAUACACUUUGAACUUCAUGAGAGGAGCUGAAAAGUGGGCAUCCUGCUUUCCAUAUCUGCUUUGAGUUCCAUGUGAAGUCGUUUAUUAAGUCUGGACUCAAGCGAAACUUCUGGAUGGGGAGACAUUUGAGACCGAAAUGGACAGUUUAAAUCUGAGCACGGGAGAGGUUUCCGUAGGAGUGCCCUCGAAGCUUUCUACUUUCACGUUUGUGCCAGCAGUGCAGAAACUGGCAAUUAAAAACAUUUUCACUGAGGAGGGGAGAUCUGGAGCUCUGACAGAAAAACCAGAUAAGAACGGAGCCGUGUCCCACGAGAAGACGAGCAGGAAAAGUGUAUCAGACGGGGAGAUUAUCAGAGCAGAGUGGGUCUUAAUCAACGACUCUGUGGAGGGAGGAGCAGGAAAUGUAACCCUACCGCAAUUGAAGACUUCUCCAGCUCGUGCCAGCCUCUCUCAAACCAAAUCCUCUCUUUCAGUCAGUGCCCAGUCUGAAAAUACACCCAACCACGCAGCCGCAGGGACGGCCUCCAUGGAAACAGGCGCUGAUAAACACAGGGACAUUUCCCAGCAGCAGUGUCACCACACCUCCAGACAUGUUGAGGUUAGCUUGGGUUGCUGUGCAAAUAGAACGCCAGGGUCAGAGGACAUAUUAAGCCCUGCAGACUCUGGAGACCUGCUUCCCACACUGGCUUCUUCCAGGGAGUCCAUCCUCUCAGAUGCCUCGGACAGAGAGAAGAGCUGGUCCGCCGUGCAGCUUUCCUCGGUCACUUCUCCUGCCUCUUUAAGCCGUACCAUUUCUCCCUGCUCAUCCGUCCCCUCUGGUGUCUUCACCCCUUCUGUGAUCCAGGUCAAGAGGCACUUUCUUGCUCCUGGCUCUAGUCUGAUCCACAUCCCUCAGACUUGCUUCUCAUCCUGUGAGAGCCUCUCCUCUUCUGUCUGCUCCCAGAACCCCCCUCCCCGGCAUCGGCCUCCUCUCACCCGACUCUCUCUCCUCACUGCCAUCCUGAGAAAAGGUCGUCUUCCUGUUCUGUCCUCAACGCUGCAGAGACCUUACACCCCCUGCUGGCCCGUUAACCCCGUAACGCUGUCCUUCUGUAACGCGUGCUCAGCAGCCUCCAGCGUGGCCUCCAUUCCCCUCGAGUUUUCGUCUCGGUUCUCCUCCCUGGCAUCUAUAGACGUUCAGAGCCACCAUUGCAGGGAACCAACAUGUCAGUCAAAUGAGCUCAACAGAACGUGCAUGCCGUCUCAAGUGCAAAGAUGCUCAGAGCCAGUGAAGAGUUUCAAGCUACCCCGAGCUCCUGUAUUUUGCUCAAACUUCCUCUCUGCUUCUCCACCAAAGCAUGAAGAAACAGUCUGUACAACUUCCAAAACCUUGCCCCUCACACACAUCUCCAUUUCCAAACUCCCUGAGCUGAAGCCCAGCAGUAAUCACACGUUCCUCAAGGGCAGUGCGGAUAAUAACCUUAAAAAACUCAUCUCCCCGUCCCCCAAACUCAUUAACGAGCCGCAGACUUCCACGCCCCAGAAAUGGAGUCGCAAGCCAAAUUCAUCUCUCUCAAAGCUUCGUUGGCUUUCUCAGCAACUGAGAUCUUCGCCUGUCUUCCCCUCUCAUCCUGCGCCUUCUCACUCAUGUGCAGUGAUUUUCCCCGCUCGUGCUGACACAGCAUCACCUCUCCCUCCUCCACGAAAUCCCACAGGAAGGUGCGAAUUAGAGAGGAGCCAGUUCGACCCCACAGGCGCCACACAUUCGCAGGGCAUUCGCAAAGCCCCCUGUCUGUCACCUUCCUGCUACACGCCCAUUGUUUUUUCUGGAUGGCCAUCACCCACCAGCUCUCCCACGCCAACACCCUCUCCUGCUCCACCAAUCAGAGAUCUCACCCCUUCCCCUUUCUCCCUGCGCUCCACGCCCUCACCAAGGCCGGGGAGUGGAAUAUCAGACUGCAGUGACAGGGAGGGUAAAAAAAGAAAGACACACAAGAUUACGCUAAGCUACAAAUCCCUCGCUGCUAUUCCCACAAACACCCUGCUACUGGAUCAGCAAGCCAUAGAUGAGCAGGUCGAGAGAGAAAUGAGUUCCUGUGAGACGCUGGACACAGGCGUCGCAUCAGACACCCACACCGAGAUGUGCUCGCCUGCUCAGCUCCGGCAGCAGUCUGAGGAACUUUAUGCCGUCAUUGAUGAGAUAUUGGCAAAUUCCGUUGCUGCAUCCAUCGGGUCAUCAACAACCAACAAUGGUCUGCAGCCGAAAAACUCAUCAUUUUCAAAAUCGUUGGGACGUGAAACCAAAUAUGCAUCUUUAUGCAGCUUGCACCCAUCUGCCGACGUGGAGAGAAAACUGCUGGGUCGCAAACAGACAAAACCUGGGGUCAUUCGCCCGAUGACGGCCAUUCCGAGACUGACAAUAGAGGAUACAGAUGAAUUUCAUCCAAAGCCCUUCAGGCAGUUUGUCAGCAAGCAGACCUCAACUGACAAGAAAAGGGUGGAAAACAAACAUCCCGAUGAGGUGGGGAACGAUUCACACACAGGUACAAAGGGCAAAAUGUUGAGAGAGGAGAGGAAGCCUGAAAGAAGAAGUCCGUUCUCACUAUGUGAUCUGCACAUUAGAGAGCCUGACGAGCAGCUCAGUCGCCACGGGAAAGGUGCUUCAGCAAGUUUCAGCUCCACCGAGAGGCAUAUGGAAGCUUUUGAAGCUCAUAUUUAAAACAGUGAAUAACUCUUAUUGAAUUUCUGAUAAGCCUUACUCGGUAAAAAAACAUCACAUCUAAAGGAUGAAAACUUUUAUUUCAUCUUUAUCUAUACAGGUAAAUCUCAUUGAGACACGAGGUCUCAUUUUCAGGAACAAUCUUUAUUGUACCUUUCAAGAAUGAUAAAAAAAUUACAUCUCCAUAUGAUUGUUUACAGUAAAUAACACUGGUUUAGUAUUCCUUACAGAGACCAUAAAUCUGUGUGCAAUUGACCCUUUGCUACUUUCCUGAUCCUUUGAUCUCGAUCUUUCCACAGCACAUGUGCAGCUGAUAAUUAAGUACUUGCAGAUUAACCACCAAACAACACGCCUUUAAUUUCAGACAUAGUGGAGAAAAGUACUGACCUGAUUACUCAUGUAAUAAAGCUACAUGCUCCUAGCUCUAACCAAAGUAUUUUAACCAAAUUGCAAUGGAAAGCUAAGCUUAAAUGUAAAAAAAUGUAUUAAAUAAAUCAUGCAAAUAAUGCAGGCACAUUGUUGUUGUAUUGCACCACUGAGCUAUAAUAUAACCAAUCUUGUAAGUAUGAUAGGAAAGGGUGUUGUGUCAUGGUUGACUGGGUAGAUAACAUGCAAACACCCCAUUGCUCAUAUUUUAUUCAGCAUGUUGAUAGGAGUGCAGUGCUAUGUCAUAACGUACUGACUACAGGAGACAUCCUUAAAUCUAGUUAAAAGCUCACAGAGCUGCUAAGAUUUACCCUACAGUUGGAUCUUGUAGCAUCCUGGAUUACAGUUGUGAAAUAUGUGACAGUUGCAGGUUUUUUUGUUACUACGUCAUCCAUUAAAAUCUUUAAUUGUGGAGAAUGAAGUUUAUUGAAAUGUCACCUGAAUCAGUCAAAUAAUCAAGAGCUUGACUGAUCAGCAGUGCCUAGAUUAGCGAAUGGUCAAUUGCUGCCACACAUGCAUGUGUUUUGCAGCUGUUCAAUUUACCAAUGGCCUGCAUUAAAUUAAUGCAAAUUAUGUAACUCACUGGGAAGAAAAUAUUUUAUUAUUUCUAAUUCGUUUAUGAAAAAUUGUAACAUUUAAUAAAGAAGCUCUCUAUUUUGA